AUGUUUUGUUCCCCGGAGCCGCACACGCGUCCAAAUAGUCACCAUCCAUUCCGGAGUCGACAAAGCCCCGUGUCAGGCAUAAUGCCGAAAAACAUGAGCUCUUUGCUUUGUUGCUCGACGCCGAGCGCGUAUGCGGCCAAUCGCCGCUCCUCGUCGCAGCAAACGCGCCAACCGCGAAAGGCUACCGAUCCCGACGACUACUACAAGCUAUUGGGCCUAUCGAAAACAGCCAAACCCAAAGAAAUCAAAAAGGCGUACCGCAAACUAGCCUUACAGUUUCAUCCGGACAAGGUACCGGAGGCGGAAAAGGAAGAGGCCGAAAACAUGUUCGUCCGAGUCAGCGAAGCCUACGCAGUCUUAUCGGAUGACGAGAAACGGAACGUCUACGACAAA